AUGGGUUUCAGCAACGCGUUGUUCGGUGGUAGGUAUCUCAGCCGCAAUAUUGAGACUCUGAAUCAAGCGAUUCAGGCCGAUAGUCUGGCAUGUAGUAACUUUCCUUCUUUUACACUGCACAUCGUAGGAGUCUGGUUAGCUUCGACGCCUGUCCAGAGCUCCCAGCCCUUGGCUUUGUGUCCAGCUGCGAGCUUCCAGGCCUCUGUCGGCUCUGGUAUUGUUUGUCGCUUCGUGGAGCGCAUACCCACUUCCACCGACCGUCUUGACGUCUUGCGCUCUGUGCCGGAGAGCCAUCCUGGAGGCGAUCGUAACCCUUCGCCGCGGAGCACCACCAAGUUGAGAGCGCACCACAUGCGCACGGACUGCAUCGCCGCCUACUCCUCUGCCCCGAUCUCGACGUAUAAGGCCCGAACCCCCUGCCGGAAUUCCGACCUCGUUUUGUACAAGUCCACAGGACUUAUGCAGUACAACUUCCCGAAAGCUGGCGAUGAAUACCCCGAUUUUGUCAGUCACGGCGCAGAGCCGGUAUCACUUGCUCCCGAGGAGCUACUGCAGAUCAAGAGACGGGGUACGGCAGACCUACCACCACAGAAUGCAUCAAAAUCAAAAGAUGGCCGCCGGGGCGAUGGCACGCUCCAAGAGAUUGACGAAAUGGGCGCCACAGGCUACUUCGACCCCUCUGCUUUUCUAGGGCCGGACGGUUAUAUUGAUACAUGUUCCCCGGCCGAUGAUGAGGCCCACGCAGAAAGUAAUACUAAUCAAGAACAAGGGAAGUCGGACUCUGUGGUCUCUUCGGUCGCUGCCACACCCAUCAUGGGAGCGCCAGCCUCAGUCGCAAGUGUCGAGCUGGACGGGGUUGGCCGUAAGGGGUUGGAUGCCGGUUCCGAUGAAAGUCGACCAACGGCUGAUCAGCCCGAAAGGGCUGUACAUAUGCUUGACGGGCAGCCAAUGUACGCUGAGCUGCCAGACAGGUCGGCGGUCUUCACAGGCCAGGGGACAUGGAUACCGAUCGGGUCCAUGGCCGAGCUGCCCACCAGCGAUACUCUGAAAUGCGCCGAUGAGUUAGCACCUAUUGAAAUGGAUGCUUCCUCCAGUGGACCGAGUGUUGUGCGGCCGUCGAUGUCUUCAGAUACGCCUAUUGAACUACCGACAGAACCAACCUCUAUUGAUAUGAAGAAGCCGCCUCGGCCGCCUCAGCCACCUCAGCCAACUUCCGCUCACAUGACAUCGAUGGUGGACUACCCCUUAGUUUCUGCUUCAUUCUCAUAUCCUGCCCCGAGAGGUGUGGGAUCUGCUCCAGCACAGUUCAUCAUCACAUCAACAUCUGCAAAGCCUGUAGUGGCCAAGCCCCAGCCUGACAACUAUCAAUCAUGGAAUUCUGCAGCCAAUAGACCAGGUGGAGAGGUUGUCACAUCAAAGCGGUCUUCCCUGGCCCUUGCCGGAGUGUCUAUACUUCAACCACAGAACAGCGAGUUGAUGGCAGAUCGUCACUCAAGACAUUCGAUUUCUGGACCCCCGCAGUCAGCAGGUGCCAUUCAGCGGCAUCCAACGGUACUCACACCUCCUUCGGGGCCGAAAAUCUCUAUGGGACAAGGGCAUGGUCCCUCUGUUGAAGAGCCUCCACACUCCCAAGUACCUACAGCUUUGCGUCCGGCCCAAGGCUUGCAAAAUGGUUCAGUAUCUCUGGAUUACAGGCCACAGCAUGGACAUCCUUCCAUACCAGGGUCUAAUGCCCGGCACGACAGCAUCUCGUCUGGCUCUAUCUUGCACUCGCCUGGCGAUCCCGGGGCAGGCACCACGCUAUCUCACGUGCCAACUGUACUGAAGCCUGCCCAUUAUCGCCAUAAUUUCACUGCGACGUCUCAGCAGGAUAACUACGGCCGUCAAUCUCUUCAGACACAUCAAUAUGGCCGAGUUGGCUCUCAGGUACCUAUGCAGUCAUACAGAGCUCAAUCGAUACCGAUGCAUCAUAGAUACUACACAGGCGACCUACCACCUACCCACCCACAACCCCACGGAGACCUACCGCUAAAGUUGCUGCCAUCCGCUCCAAAUCAAUUACCUGGCAACACUAAUAGUCCCAAUCACCCUAUCUCACACAGGGUCAACACAAUGCCAAACCAAUUGCCGUCUCAAACCAACCACCUACCUCCUCGAAAUGGUCCAGGUCUUUUGAUAUUUCAAGAAUUUGCGCCCACUCAGCCAUCCGGAACUCAAUUUCCGACUGGAUCCCAACAACUGUAUACAGAGGACUCCGCUGUGAUGACUGCUCAACAGACUCGCCCGGCGCAAAUUCAACUGCAGGGGUAUGAUCAUACAGCUCAGGGGUCUGCGAAGCCCACGUUUCCUAAUGACGGUGCUAAUGGCAAUUCGAAAAUCAAGACUGAGUUAACACGACCAUACUACGACUUGGGAGGAACCUUGCCAGAGAUCAGGCAGGACCAAAGCCCAAAUGACACGGUGAUGGGCGAGCCAUUACCUUCGGUUGCUCCCCUCUCGCUCCCCAAGCCGUCCGGAGUUGGUAAGAAUACUCAAAGAGUUUCAUCGCAAAGCUCUCCUCCUGAAGAAAAGCCAAGCUCUAGGCAUGGUCGUACAACAUCGGAGCAAAUAUCAGAUGCGAUUAUGGUCGUCAGCGAAGUUGUGCCUACUGUUGCUGAAGCUGGAAGCGCCUCGGGUUCGAGCGCGAUGACCAAACCCGCAUUACACGUCGAAGCUACUGAUUCGAACAAAGAUGAAUACUCGAAGGAACAUCAGGGUGAUUCUAGUAUUACAGUACAAGCACAUGCCGAGACGUCACCAUCUGGUCCAGAUGGGCAUAAUAGCAACCCUACUAUUGAGACCUCACCGCCGUCAUGUGCAUCAAAUGGACAACAGUUUCAAGUUGAUGUAAGCCUUUCAGCACAAUCAGACGCAAUAUCACAUGUUGGGGCCACUGAAACGCCGCCGGAACGCUCCGAUGUUGUCAGUUCGGCAUCGAUAUUGCCCGGUCCAAGCAAGCCGGCUCCAGAUAUCACGGCCAAUCAAAGCACGCAAAGCUCACCUUCUCUGCCUGAAAACAGCAAUUCGAAGCUCAACGGUAGCCCAGAAGAAGCGUGCGCAGAUCCACAGUCUUCGGCCCUGACUGAUUCAGCGUCUCACUCAGUCUCAGUGGUUCGACCGUCUGGGCAGUCUCCUAUUUCGUACUCUUCCACGCAAGUGUCACCGGCGAUCUCUAUUAAGUCUUCCUUUAGACGCAAGCCGGUUGGUGGAAAUAAGCCUCCAAAACAGACGCCGUCACCAACUAUGUCAGACAAGCCCAACAAGACUGAGUCGCAAGCAGGCCAACAUGCAGUUAUGAGUAUUCAGAGUCCUACGGGGCAAGGACCUGCACCUAAGCCAGAUGGAUCACAAUUUCAACAUCAAGUCCCGAGCCUCCAACUCCAGCAACAACCACCGCCCAUAAGCCAAAGUCAUGUGUCAUCUCCGGCACAGUCGGUCGCGUCGCUACAGCAGACACCGUCUUCAACCUUCUCUCAAGUGUACGAGCCUCCAAGCGCUGCCAGCACUUCUGCUCCUGAAACGCCUCUCCAACAACAAAUGACUUCGCCAGGUCCGCAAUUUCCUCCGGCAUCUGCUCCUACGUCUUCUCCUGCACACCAAGCAAGUCCGUCGGCAGGUUCUAUAGCGACAAAUGGGCAUCCGCAAUAUCAGCCGCUGCAACAAAUGGCAAGUCAAGCAGCGCCAGUCUCAAUGAUCGAGAAUCACAUCUCCCAGACAGCAGUGCCGUCGGCUAAUGUUCCCCUAAAGCCCAGUCAGCCAACCCCAAGCCAUGCUCCAAAGCCAACUCAGGGGCAAUGGACAGCGCAACAGUCUCAGCAUUCAGCGCAGUUACAGAUCAACCUGAACUCAGUGGUCCAGAAUGCUACGCCACCGUGGCAAUCUCCUGUACAGCCACAAAUUGUGAACUCUAGCCAAACAACGAGUCAGCCCCUGCAUCACCAGCAACAGCAGCAACAGCAGUUGCAUGUGCAAGGCGCUGGUCAUCCAGUGUCAAAUCAGCAUGCUCAAACCCCUCAGAUAUUUAGCCCUCAGAGCCACAACGGCCAGGCGUCACAUAUGCCACCUGCACACCAAGUACCUCAAGUUCAACCACAAUCUGUCCUCACUCCUGACUCGACACCAGGGUAUCCAUGGCAACAUCAACACCACCAGCAUCAUCAACAAGUUCAACAGCAAGCCCAGCAACAACCCCUCGCACAACAGGUCUACUCACCUCCAACCCAUACCCAGAGCGGGUUUCCACAGAACAGUUCCCAUCAGCAACUUGCCCAACAACCUUUGUAUUCUCAGCAGCCAAGUCAUAUGCAAUCAUCUAAUGGUCAAAGCCCACAGGGGGCUGUUCAUCCACCCGUCCAGUCGGGCCAGUCAAAACCACAAGUACAAAGCCAAGGCCAGAACCCAGCCUUGACUGGAGCUGAGACAGCUGCAGCGUUCGCCAGCGCAGGCAAAGAGCUCAAAGGAUGGGCAAAGAAAAUAUGGAAGAAUCAGGCGUUGAAGCAAACCGCAGCAGGGGUAGUAGGAGCUGUCGCAGCCGAAUCGAUGGGUGGCAAUGCUUUUGCUGGUGCCAUGCUUGCAAACCGGAUAUACGAAAACUCUCAUGCGCAGCAGACUCCGCAGCAAAAUGGAAGACCGCCGAAACCAGUGCACUCAUAUACCGCGCCACCUCAAGCUCAGGGGCUACCUGGCCCAAAACCUCCAGCUCAAGGAUUCAAUCAAACAGUACCAGGGAUGCAGCCCGUCGGUGUCCAGACGCCUGGUAGACCAUAUGUUGUCCAAAACCCAGCGAUGGCCGGAAUGGCAUCGCAACCUGGGCAGCCGGGACCAAGGCCACCACAACCAGUGGUUGCGCGUCCUCCACCCCCGAAUGGACCGCCUCCAGGGCAGCCACAAUGGCAGCAAGUUUUUACCGCACCACAUGGUGCACAUAGUGGGGCAUCACAUCAGUCGCACGCCGAUGCCAACCAACAGGCGUACAACCAGAAUGCCGCCUUUCCGACACAAGACAGUGGGUCUACAGACGGCUCAGCUAUGAUGUUCGAUCAAACAAGUUUCCAGAACACGACUGUAUUAGAUACUUCAGCAUCUGGAUCCUACUUCGCGCCCCAAACCACGGACAACGUCAAUGUGGUGAACGUGAAUGUCGACAACACCGUCAAUGCUCAAUAUAACACUCAACCCGCGCCGGUUUACAUAGACAGUGUCGCGCCAGGAGCCAACACUACGUACAUGGACCCAACGAAUGGAACGUACGUCGAUGCCACCAAUACGACAUACGUAGAUACGACGAACACGUCCUACGUGGACACUUCUAAUACGGCCUACACGGAUACGACAAACAUCAAUGUUGAUUCAACAACCGUCGUUGAUGUUCAUGUGGAUAUGAACACCAACGUGGGCGUCGAUCAGUCCUACAUGUCUGGUGAUACGGUUUCCAUGUAUACUGUAGAUGAAACGGCCACGAUGGAGACGACUGAGUGGUCGGCAGUAGAUUAUUCAGGCGGUGACUGGGGUGGAGGAUGGGAGUAA